AUGUCAUCACGAAGUAGAGACCGCCGCAACGAUCCUCCCAAUGUUCGGCUAUCAAAAGUGUUAUCUUACAUUCUCCGUCACAGCGCUCAAAGAGAUGGCCUUGAAAUUCGUGAAGAUGGAUAUGUCAAACUUGAAGAGUUGAUGAGGCAUCCAAAACUCACAGGAAAGACUUUUGGAGAUAUUCGUUCUAUUGUCGAUAACAAUGACAAGCAACGCUUUACUUUAAUCCAAGAAACACAGGAAGAUGGCAUGCCUGUAUGGCUGAUACGAGCAAACCAAGGACACUCUAUGGAGGUGAAAGAGUUGGAACUUGAAAAAAUCACGGAUCCAGCACAAAUUCCAGAGGUGAUACAUGGAACCUAUUUACGCCAUUGGAAGAAUAUAAGUAAAUUGUUUAUCGGAUGUGUUGAGUCUCAAGGGCUUUCCAAGAUGAAUCGCAAUCAUAUUCAUUGUGCAACCGGACGAUUCGGGCAUUCGGGCGUCAAAAGUGGCAUGAGAAAAAGUUGCGAUCUGUUCAUCUAUAUCAAUGUUGCAAGAGCAAUGGAAGAUGGUAUCGAAUUCUAUCGAUCUGCCAAUGGAGUGAUAUUAACCUCGGGUGUUGAUGGAUUCUUGAAUCCAAAAUACUUUUUAAAGGUCGUUGAUAUGAAUGAGAAUGAUCUAAUCUCUCAGGAU